AAACGGAGCGAUCGCCGGUCUCGUGAGCUUGCUUCCAUUUUCGAGUAUGAAAUACGUGCAGCUGACUUGCUCGACCGGAACGCUCUUGAAUUCUUUCGAAGCGGUGCCGCGAGUGAGAACACGGUCCGCCUCAAUAGGUCAUGCUACAGUAAGAUUCGAAUCAGACCCCGUUGUUUGGCUCGGGUCGGUAAUCGCAGCUUGGUGGUCAAUAUACUGGGAAUAAACUACAAGAUGCCUAUCGGGAUUGGUCCGAUAGGGUUGCUGAAGUUGGCGCACUGCGAUGGCGAGAAAGCAAUGGCCCGAGCAGCCCGUACGAUGGGUAUACCCUUUGUUCUGAGUGCACUAUCGAGUGUUGCGAUUGAGGACAUUGCGGAGGCGAUCCCCAAAACUCCAAAAUGGUUCCAGUUAUUUAUAUUCAAAGAUCGUGAGUUGACGGAAAAUUUAGUGCGGCGGGCGGAGAAAGCUCGCUUCAAGGCGAUCGUGGUAACGGUUGAUGUUCCCAUCGUAGGAAUGAGACGAAAUGAAAUGAAGAACCCAUUGACAUUGCCGUCGAAAGUGACUUUUGCAAAUCUUUGCCCACCAUAUCACAGUGUGUGCACAAAAAAUAUAAUGGAGUAUGUGAAAAAUCAGUUCGAUCCAACCGUCGGAUGGGAUUCUCUUCGAUGGUUGCUGAGUAUUACCACUCUUCCAGUGAUCGUUAAAGGAAUUCUUACAAAGGAAGAUGCGGUGAUAGCUGCUGAAUUGGGGGUACAUGGGAUCAUUGUUUCCAACAAUGGAGGACGUCAGCUGGAUUCGGCACCGGCUACCAUAGAGGCACUUCCGGAAAUUGCUCAGGCGGUUGGAAAUCGAGUAACGGUGAUGCUUGACGGUGGUAUUAGUCAGGGAACGGAUGUGUUCAAAGCAGUGGCAUUGGGAGCUAAAAUGGUGUUUCUCGGUCGGACAGCUGUUUGGGGUCUGACUGUAGGUGGUCAGAUCGGUGUUGAAGACGUACUCGAUCUUCUCAGAUUAGAGCUUGAUUCAGCAAUGGCGAUGUCCGGUUGUAAGACCCCCAUACACAUAUGCGAAAAUUGUGUGCGAUUCGAGUCGGAAUUGCUCAGACCACGUUCAAGAAUCCCGGAUAACUAUAAUUUCGACGAUGACGAUAAAGAUGAUGAAGUAGUAGUGGUCGAUAGACGAAAAUCAACUGUAAGUGAAAAGCUGGUAGAUAAUAACUUGGUUCCAACAGGCGAAGAUGGUUUAGCGAAAGAUCCCAAAAGUGGAGAUGGAGUCGAUGAAUGCGGCAAAAAUAUCAGUCCGUGGUGUAAAACUGUGAAUAAUGAAACCGAGCCAGUGCGAUCACCACCACGAAUAACCAGAGAAGUUCGUGUAGUCCCAGAAGUGGCCAAAGUGCUCCAGCGGAACAUAAAAGCUGAAAUUAUUCGGCGCAAUCAGGCCAGGAACAGCGAAUACCGAAACCGAGCCCAUUCCAUGCAAACUCUAAUCAGUAUUAAGAAACCAACCGGAGAUUGUCGAUGCAUACUGUAG